UAUAAGCGGUGACAAGCGAUGGAGAAAUCAUCUUCUGGGGUGCAUUCACUACAGCAAGAGCAUCAAGAUGAGGUGUUUCUCAGUUAUCGCACUCCUUGCUGCAUGCAUUUCUGCUGCAACAUGCAUGAGCUAUGGAAGUUAUGGUGGCGCCGCUGCAGCCUAUGAAGCUACAGCUGGAGCUGCCCAGCAGUAUGGCAUGGAACAGUCCCAGUCCCAAUACAGCGCAAGUCAGCAGGAAUCAUCAUCAUCAUCCAGCUAUGAAUCUGCAGAAUACGAUUAUGCUGCAGGUGCCACCAGUGGUUAUGUUGGUCAAUCUGCUCAAGCUGCAGGAGCUGCUUAUGGUGCUGCCACUGGCGCUGGUUAUGGUGUCGCUGGCGCUGGUUAUGGUGCUGCUGAAGCUGCUUAUGGUGCCGCUUAUGGCAGUUCGGCUUAUGGAGCUAGUAUGGCCAGUGGAGCCUCAAACUACGCUGCCGCAUCCUCCUCCAAAUUCAGCUCCGCUUCGUCAAUGGCUGCCUCUUCAGCUUCAUCUAGCGCCGCCAUGUCAGCCUCUGCCUCUUCCUAUCAGGCCAGCCUCGACUACUACCCAAAACUCAGAACUAUUCCUUUCUUCAACAACGUCUUCCAGGCCAUGUCUUGUGAUGACAUCUCAUCUUACAGCAGCCUCUGGACCAGCAACUUCAACGUUCAAAGCACCUUGACCAGCAUGUUCCAAAGCAACUCCCUGUUUAAGAGCUACUUGAGUUGUGCCACCGGUAUGAGCUUCUCAAGCUUCCAAGGUGCCGAAUUCUCUAGAGUUUGCUCUGCCUUCUCAUCGAACAAGGGUGCUUUUGUCGGACUCGUCAGGAACUUUGCCAGACGCGGUUACAUCUACAAAUCCAGCUUCGCUACCUCUCUUUUGUCCUACACACAAUCCACAGAGAUGUGGAGUGCUGCUUCCCGUUUCUCUUCAUUCUCCAACAUGCAGACUUGGUCACAGUGUGGAAUCAACGCUUUCUUCCAGCACAAGGCUUACAGGAGUUAUAUCAUGAAUUUCUGUGGUGUUCAAUCCUGGGACGAAACUGCUAUUUCAAGAACCCUUUCCGGAUACUUCAGAUCUAACCCAGUCGCAACCUCAUUGUUCUUCAGACAUCUUCUCCUCAACAGGGUGAGCUCAUCAUGCUCGUUCCAGCAGUACGCCGCUUUGAACCAACAGUCGUACAUGGCUACCAGAAGCUCCAGCUUUGCCUACUACGGAGGUUUCUACAAUGCCUUCCAACAAUCAUCAUCGUCAUCGUCAUACGCCAGAACACAAAGCAUGUCAUCUUCUUCAUCAUCAUCAAUGAGCUCUUCCUCCUCAUCUUACUCUGCCUCAAGGUCAUACCAAUCAGUCCAGCAGUACUACAGCUCCACCCUCUACCAGAGCAGCCUCUUCCGUGGAUGCUUCGAACUUCAAUCCGUUGACACCUCCAAACAAGCCGGUUUCUACAGCAGUGUCUUCAGCCAGGGCUACGACUAUUCAAGCAACUUCGGAACCUGCUUCCAAGAUGCCUACUACCGUAAAUACUUGUUGGCAUGCACUGGAUAUUACGGCGAAUACAACGCUCAGAUGAGCAGCACCCUCUUCUCUUACGCCCAGCAGCAUCCAGGAUUCUUCGCCAGGAGUACCAGGCUUUACGCUAGAAACGGUGCUUUCUUCUCAUCACAAAUUGGAAAAAUGUUCGUGGACCAGAAUUCCAACUUUUUCUUCUCACAGCAGGUCCAACAGUACCGUUCGCAAUUCUUGAGCGUCCAAGCUUGGAAUUCAUUUGGACUGGCCAAUCUCUUCCAAUGUCGUUACUACCAACGUAAAAUCUGCAGCUUCUUCGGAUUCUCUUCCUACAACUACCAUCAAGUGUCCAAUGCGUUUAUCUCACUCUUCAAUACCAACUUCUCUGGAGGUCUUCUUGCUUUGAGACAUUUGAUCUACAGGAAAUACAUCGGCUCUUCCUUCAACGUCCAGGCCUACCGCAGUCUAAGAAGCUACAGUUAUGCCAGCUCUCUGGCCUACAGCUGUCCAUUCUACUCGCAGUGGUCUAGCUACUGCAGUUCCUUCUCACAGAGAUCGCAGUUCAGUCGCUCAGCUGCCUCCAGUCGCUCGGCUUACAUGCAGCAGCAGCAGUCAGCUUCUAGCUCAAGCACCAGCUCCUACCAGGCUGGUGCCCAGUCGGCAGCUGCUGGAUACGCUGCUCAGUCGGGAUACGCUGGUGGAGCCUCUGGUUUUGGUGGAUACUACUGAGAAGCCCAACAUCUUGCACCAUCUUGAUGGCACACUCUGUAGUUCAACUACAUACAACAUAUGCAUACCCUGUAUCAUUACUAAUAAAGUAACAGCAACUUAAAAA